AUGGAAAAUCAGCCUUCAAACAGCAAAAAGGGAAUGGAAGAAGAACUAAUCAGAGGGCGUGACAUGGCAAAUCAGUUACUUGAAGUACUUGCUCAUAAAUCGAAUGGUCAACUUGAACACGAUAAAGGGUCAAAGUCAGUGCUAUCUUUUGCUGAAGAUCUUGUGCGCAAAGUGUUGUGUUCAUUCACCAACACCCUUUUGCUCUUGAACUCCAAUAAUGAUGUCUCCGAUGAGGUGACGGCGUCUAUUACUGUCAAAGAUGUCUCUUUGUCUACGAACAGCCUAAGACCGGAGACUUCGAAUGAAACUUGCAAGUGUCGCCAUAUUCUCAACACCAGAAAUCGAAGAGGGUCCUACAAGAGGAAAUCAAAUGCGCCAACAUGGGAGAAGGACAGCUCAAUACUGGUUGAAGAUGGCCAUGAAUGGAGAAAGUAUGGACAAAAAAUGACAUUGAAUGCCAAAUACCUACGCAACUACUACAGGUGCACUAACAAGUAUGAUCAAGGAUGCCAAGCAAUUAAACAGGUGCAGAGAAUUCAAGAUGACCCUCCAUUGUAUCGGACAACGUAUUAUGGCCAUCACACUUGCAAAGGCUCUUUUAAUCCUGAUAUAAUUUUGGAACCUAUUUCUCCCUCUGCCUCUUCCACGCUACUUAGCUUUAAUAAUUGCUUUCAAAGCAAACAGGAACACUCGUUUUCAUCAUCACUGUUUGCAUCAAUGAAACAUGAGCCCAUGGAGAUGAUUCACAAUGACCAUAUUUCUCCAAAUCAAUUGUCCUCGUCGGAAAACCUCCUAUUAUGCGAUUAUGAAAUUUAUUUCGAUUAUUCAAGGCAUGGCGCUAUGCUAUCAUCCACGGAAUCUGUUGAAUUUAACAGUGUUUAUGAGCACUUUGGAUUUUGA